CCAAAUAGAAGUACAGAGAAGUAAGAUAGAAACAGCUUGGACAGCGAGUAAUGAGACUAGAGUGUUAGUCUAUCCAGCGUAAUAUCGGCUUUUUAUGUUGUGAUAUAUUAUAAGAAGAAGUACCAGAAGAGACACAGCGUCGCUUUUCUUUGGAAUAAUGCUCUCGACAGUGAUCAAGACUUUUACCGAGACAGCGUAAUGUUAUGGACUGUACAAUAAGUUAGCUCGCUGGCUAGCCGAAUAUGCUAGCUAGAUACUGCAGCCGCGUAUCAGAAGAAACCAGCAAUGACUGACAGCGAUUUCUAUGGAUACACAUCUGUUAAUGUGGGUUUUUAGAGAGCUGCCAAACACAGGUUCGUCUUUGAAAAGGUUCAAUCAUCCUACUGACUGUCAUGGACAACGUGAAAUCACGCAGCAACGAUGAGGAUGAAGAGCUGCACUCCACAGAUCCAGAGAGUAAAGAGAAGAGCAAAGAUAAAAAGACACUGUGCAAAGUAAAGUGGUCCCGAGAUGAGGAUGAAAAGCUGAAAAAGCUGGUCGAGCAGCAUGGAACCGAGUCCUGGAAAUUAAUAGCCAACCUCUUUCCAGGGAGGACAGAUGGCCAGUGUCAGCACCGCUGGCAGAAGGUGCUCAACCCAGAGCUGGUGAAAGGACCCUGGACAAAAGAGGAGGAUCAGAAGGUUAUUGACCUAGUACACAAGUAUGGCCCCAAGCGUUGGUCAGUGAUCGCAAAGCACCUCCAAGGGAGGAUUGGAAAGCAGUGCCGUGAACGGUGGCACAAUCACCUCAACCCAGAGGUGAAAAAGUCUUCAUGGACUCAGGAAGAGGAUCGAAUCAUCUACGAAGCCCACAAACGUCUGGGCAACCGCUGGGCAGAGAUCUCCAAGCUUCUUCCUGGACGAACGGACAAUUCCAUCAAGAACCACUGGAACUCCACCAUGAGGAGGAAGGUGGAGCAUGAGGGCUACCUGCAAGAAGACUGCAAGACUAUGACUUCCUCUCAUUCUGGAGUGAAGAGACGCCACCACAGGAUGUGUCCCCCAGCUCCAGCAGAGCCCCAGAACUGUGACCGCAGUCCCCUGUCGAUACCGGGACCCAACCAGAUGGGGGGAUAUCCGUAUGAUCCUCACAGUGGACACAUGAUGGACAGCCUUCCUGAAAAUUCAGGUUUCUUACCGCCAUCCUGCCUGGAUGAUCCUGACAGAGAGCAAAGAAUUAAGGAGCUUGAGCUGCUGCUUAUGUCAGCAGAGAGUGAAGUCCAACGACAAGUGCAGUGCAGAGGUCCAUGUAGCUUGGAGCCGUACUCAGCCUGGUCAGACAGUGUGUCAGAUGACACAUUGACCACAAGUAGCAGCAGCCUGGAGGAGCAGGCAGAGAGGAGGCCGUGGAGGGGCCCUGAGAUUCCCCAGGGUCCUCCAACACAGCUUCCUGUCUCUCCCAGCAAGUUCCUGGCUGUGGAGGCCAGCACUGUGCUCUCCACCCUGCAAACCAUACCAGAGUUUGCAGAAACAAUGGAGCUCAUUGACUCUAUGUGUUUGGCUCUGCAGGACCCUGUUGCAUGGAGCGACGUGGCCAGUUUCGACCUGUCAGAGACAACCACACCGCCCAGGCACAAUCAGGCAGGCUACACCACCCUCCUACAAGAGAGGACGAUUGAUAACUCAAUGGGCUACACAGUCAACACUUCGACUGCCAUUUCAGGACGAGACAAGAACUGUGCUCCAUUUGGUCUGGGCAGUGUCACCUCCCUGACUCCCAUCAACUCAUCCAAACCCUCCCAAGCAUCCACUGGGAGGAGGAGGAGAAAAGAGAGGGGGGAACCGUCUCCUUUGUGCGACAGGACCUGCUCCUCCUUCUUGGAAAAUAUCUCAAAUUCUCCUAAGAAAACGCCCACAAAGUCACUGCCAUUUACCCCAUCACGAUUCUGCAACAUAUCAGGGGCAGAGCAUCUGAAUCUGGAUAACCCUGCCCUCACCUCAACUCCUGUGUGUGGCCAAAGGUGUCUCCUGUACACGCCACUGCACAAAGAGACCACACCUAAGCACCAGAAAGAGAAUGAUGGUUCACGGACCCCCAAAUUCCGUAAAACUGUAAUGAUUCCAACCCCAAGGACGCCGACUCCUUUCAAAAAUGCUUUGGCUGCCCAGGAGAAAAUGCACGGGCCCCUGAAGAUGGAGCCACAGCCUUUGGCAUUUCUAGAAGAGGACAUUCGAGAAGUUUUGAAGCAGGAGACUGGAGCAGACAUCUUCAACAGAGCAGACGUCCAGCCUGACUACAGAACAUGGAAACAUAAUAUGGAUGGCCCUGCUAGAAAAGUGCGAAAGUCUCUUGUGCUAGAUCCUUGGGGGAAAGACUGCGUCAAUGUCCAACUCUUCCAAGAGCAGCUCAACAACGCACAAGUGCCAGAAGAAAGUCUACUGACAAGCUCCUCACUGAUCGCCCCGAUGCCUGAGCAAGAGGAGUGCAGCGGCCCUUUGACUUCCAGAGGAGAGGAGCCCUCACUAGUCCCUUUACAUCCCCAACGCUUUACCAGCCCGCGGGUGAGGAAGCUCCCCACCUCCAACAAAGCGCCAAAACAUGCUGCUGUACAAGUGAGUGAGUGGGAAGCAGUGGUUUAUGGGAAGACAGAGGACCAGCUGAUUAUGACAGAACAGGCCCGUCAGUACCUUAACCCCUACACGUCGUCUGGCUCUACCUCAAGGGCCCUUGUGCUUUAAAGCCGUCCCCUCGCUGCGCAGGCAACACUACUACACCCAUCCAACGAUGAAAACCUCCACUGAAUCUUGUAAGAGACAAUCCAGUGAAGACAUACGAUUUUAUUUUUCUUUUGACGCAGAAAUGCACUGCCAAGGACGUCCACAUAAAAAGGCAUGGCUGCUGGUAUUGUUUUCAACACGUUUCUAGGUGACUGCCCAAGUAGUUUGUUGUUUGUAGGUUUGGCCUUUACGUCUCUUUUGAACACACAACAUGACACCACAAGCAGUUUUGUACAGAUAUGAAAAAGGCUAGUUUUUUUUUCUGCACUAGUCAGUAAUGUUGAAACAACCUGCACAUACAGUAGGCUGUAGAAAUAGUGUUUAUUACUAGCAGUGGCUGCUUCUGAGUUUUAUAUUGUUAAUAUAUUGUUUAAAUAACAAGAAAGACAUUUUAUGAUGUAACGCUACUCAUUGUGUAUCUCCUUCAACUUGUUUUGCUAAACUGCCCCAUUGCUGUUAUCAGAUAAAAACCACGUACAUGCAUCAUUUGCCGCUUUUUAUUGACACCCAUGGAUUUCUAAAAUCACUCCAUGGAUUUUCACACAUCCAGACACAUAGACACAUACAGUACAGGAUAUGAUGUUAAGCAUCAAUUUUAAACUGAGGAUGCAAAAGUAAGGGUACGUGGUUUUUUGGGACAGCAGUGUUACAUUGCUGAAUGCCUAUCCAUGGUGAUGUGAAGUUUUUAAGGAUGGAAAUAGGAAGCUGUCAGUAUUGCACUACUGAGUUGAUUUUGCUGCUGAGAAAGGAGCAAUGUUUUUAAGGGCAAACUGGAUAGUACGAUGGCAUAUUAGGGCCACUGUAGCAGCCAUUGAGUCGGGGGAGGGAGCUAAUAUUCUUAGAAAAAGAUUGAGAUUAAAGUUGUAACAUUUGCAUGAAAAAAACACACAUUUAUGAGAAAAAAGGUCAAACAUUCUAUGAGAUUAUUACUAAAUUUGCAAGGUAAUCCAUUUGAGUUUUUCUCAAAUUUAAGAGAAUAUCUGAGAUUUUCUUGUAAAUUUGCAACUUUACUGUGAGAAAUUCUGAAUUUUUUUUUCUCUGAAUAUUACAGUUGCCCUAAUACGUUAUCAUAAGAUAGCACUUGUGAUGGUAUCUUUUUUCUUAACAACACAACAUUUCCUUUCCAAGGCCAUAGUGUCCGUUGAGACAUCGAUUGAAUGUAUUUCAUUGCAAUGUACAUGUGUAAGAACCUCAAGAAUGGAAGGGUACCUUUAUGUUUAUUUCUGUUUGUUUUAUUUAUUAUCUGACAGCUCUAAAGCUUAGAUAUUAAUAUAAAUCGGAUACCAUGAGUUUUCUUUUUUUUUUCCUCCUUCUUCUUCUUCUUCUUCUUUUUUUUUUUUUGAGAACUUUAAUUUUGCUGACAAAACAGCCUAAAACCCUCACUUGCUCUAAAAGCAGUUCUCUGUAAUACAAAAUGAAUGGUCAUCGUUGCUUCAGUCAGAUGUCAGUCAGCACUGACCUGUUUUCAUAUCAUCAGUGUUCUACAACAAGCAUUUGGUCGAGAAGGAUGUACUUCUUGUGUGAAGGCUGUAGGUUUUAUUUAUUUAAUGUCUACUAAUUUAUUUAUUUCUUAAAAAGAAAACAUUUAAGAGAAAUUAUUGAAGAAUUUUAUUGUCUUUUUCAAAAUCAGGAUUGGGCUACCAUUCAGUUUCAUAACUCCAAGUUAGAAGAACAUGCACUGCCACUAAUUUAAUGUUAAUUCCUCAACAGGCAAGAUCUAGCAAAUAAUCAUUAUGUAGUUGAAUCUGUGAUCUUGUAACACAUAGAUAGGACAUUUUUCUUUGAUACAAAUGUGCUCUUCGCUGUUAGGUAGCAGGACUCCCAUCUCCGACCUCUAAUCAUAGACAAAUUGCACUUUUUACUCAUCAUUUAAUUUUAAAUGUUUGUUCAUUCUGAUGAUGUAGCUCUUGUCCGUGUUUUUAUUUUUAUUUUUGUGUGUGUGUGUGUGUGUGUGUGUGUGUGUGUGUGUGUGUGUUAGGUGUAAUGAAUGCUGACAUUAAGAUCAUGCUGCUUGAUUUUAACAUGUUCUCUUCUCCUGUUCUGCUGCAGAAAAGUGUGUUUAAAUGCACUACAUAAAAGCCUUGUGUAAAACAUUUUUAGACAGAUGGCUCAGGGCAAAAACAAAAACACAGCUAACACAGACCAUCCUAUUACAACAACAUCUAAAUUUGUUCACUGCAAGUGUGUCAACAUCCUUGUAUCCUGCUGAAAUGCCCUAGAGCAAGACCCCAUAUCCCUGCCUGCUCACUCAUUAGAAAAUGUAAUGUAAAUACACACAAACUUGUGUGUGUGAAGACAUGUACCACUGCACUGCUUCCAUGAUUCACUUCAUUUUUAACCAUCCUGAAACAAACUUUUUAUAAUCUGGUUAAGUAACAGCUGUAAAUGGUCUUCUUUGUAUUAUCUGCAUUAAUGGAUCCAGUAUUAGUUAUAAUCUGGAUUAUCCUGCAUUACGCAUUCGAGUGAGAAUAAGAAGGGACUCUUGUCAGGGAGAUCAAGUGGAAAGAUCAGACGUAUACAGUACACAACUCUAAAACAGAAAGUAGACUAAUAUCCACAUAAGACAUUUGUAUUUUAAUCUGGUGGCUGAGAUGUGUCUAAUCUGUAUAUAUUUGUGUUAUAUGUUCUGUUUGUUGGUUUGACUUGUGUUUUGUACAUUUCAUUUGUUAUGUCCAAGUUAAUAUGUUUGUAUGUUAACAACACUUGGCCAUGUAACAUCAUAGGUUUUUGAGGGAAUUAAGUACAUAGACAGGAUAGUAGUGUCUGUCAUAUACUACUGUAGUUAUGCAUGAGCAAUACACAAGAUGCUGGAUUUUGCUUUCAUUUACAAGGUGAAUCACAGAUGUAACACUCGCGCUAUAUUUUGUAGCAUUUUCAGUUGAAAUCAUAACCAAGGUACCAUAGAAAUCCUGCCGACUGUCUUUGUAACCAUGUACUUAAUUUGGAAAAUAAAUGCAUCUGUCGCAUGA